AUGUCAUUCUUGCACCUCAAGAGGUUCCAUGCUUCCGCUUGGACUCGAGCGGCUCGUUCAAAAGCCCACCACCACCAGCUAAUUCCCGAUGACACAUUCCCGAGGGGAUACCUAGCCACUGGCCUUUACGCUGGCGUGAAGAAAAACAAAGUCUCCACAACACUCGAAGGUGGUCCAAAAGAUCUGGCUCUCAUUGUAUCUACCUCUCCACGGACAUCAGCUGCAGGCUGCUUUACACGUAACGUCUUCAAGGCCGCACCUGUGAAAGUUUCGAUGGAAGUUUUGAAGCAGUCGGCCGGACGAGCGAACAAAGUGGUUGUCAACAGUGGGUGCGCGAAUGCUGUGACAGGGAUGAAGGGCCUUGAAGAUGCUUGGGCGAUGGUGCAGGCCACGGAUUUGGCUGCCCCGAAGCCAUCGGGCUCGAUCCCACAGGGAAAUUCUACACUUGUGAUGUCUACCGGAGUUAUUGGUCAAUCGCUGCCCAUCUCGCACGUUUUGGGAGGCAUAAAAACUGCAUCUGCGGCACUCGAAAAGCCAUCUACGUCCAGAUUUGCCGAUUGGGAACUGGCUGCGAAGGCGUUCAUGACUACGGACACAUUCCCAAAACUUCGUGUGCGUUCUUUUAAUAUCCCAAGUAUAAGGGAUCCAAAAGAGUCUGUUUCUGUGCGCAUAGCCGGAAUAGAUAAGGGUGCCGGGAUGAUUCAUCCCAACAUGGGCCCUCCUCACGCGACCCUACUUGGUCUCAUCGUAACGGACGCUGCUGUCAAUCCAAAGAGCUUACAAUCAGCUCUUACAUACGCUGUCAGUAGAAGCUUUAAUUCGAUAAGCGUUGAUGGUGAUAUGAGCACGAAUGAUACGGUCCUUGCACUCGCUAACGGUGCUGCGGAUCCGACAUUGAACGAGAUCGACGAGGAUUUGCAUCCAGCGGCCUUCAGGUCCUUUAGAGACGAGUUAACUAGUUUUGCCAUUGAUUUGGCAAAGCUAGUAGUUUACGAUGGCGAAGGUGCCACUAAACUCGUUACUGUGACGGUAAAGAAUGCACCAUCGUAUGAGGAUGCACAUCGCGUGGCGGCUACAGUGUCGACGUCAUCGUUGGUCAAGUGCGCACUUUAUGGAGAAGAUGCGAAGCAACCACUCAAUUUUCUGUUCUAUCAUAGCUGGGGGAGGAUCCUUUGCGCCGUUGGUUACGCGCCCUUGUCAACGAACUCGUCCACAUCUCCCACCACUUUGCUUAAGCCCAUGUUUAUAGACCCAACAAAAGUUUCUGUGUCGUUCAUCCCAUCCGAUAACUCUGCUCCACUGGACGUACUUGUGAAUGGCGAGCCGGAGAUUGUGGACGAAGCCAGAGCCAAAGAGGUUGUCAGCGCAGAUAAAAUCGCAAUUGAGAUUGACUUGCACGGUGGUAACGAGUCUGCGACCUACUAUACCUGUGAUCUUAGCCAUGAAUAUGUCACUAUCAACGGCGACUACAGAACAUGA